UCCAAUUCGAUCUUGUGUCUACUCUGCGUGGGAAUGGCCGCUCUGGCCCCGGUCUUCAAGAAGGCAUACUGGGCUGUGAUCCUCAGUGUCUCCUUUUACAUCGCGGCUUUGACUGCUCUAACAAAUCCAUGGCUUCAGAGACAUCCGGAACAGUUCGGAUUUGCGAAGAAUCAGAUAACGCCUUUCAACUUCACAACUCCUGACCAUGAGACUAUCUAUGCUUGGCAUGUGAUGCCGUUGGGGCUCUACGCAAAGCAUGAGUCUGAGAUCUUGCAACAGCCCUCUGGUUUGGCAGAUGAUAUCACCCAAACCACCGCAUUCCGACUUCUUAGGGAUGACCCCGAUUCGCGGUUGAUCAUCAAUUCUGACCUUCCCCAGAAUGCCGGGACAGUAGCUCAAGGAUGGCGAACUGAUUCGUACCGCUCCUUAUCCGACGGGAGUACCUCAAAUAUCCAUAUUCUAGCCAUUGAUUACCGGGGUUUCGGUCUUUCCACUGGCUUUCCAACCGAAGAAGGCCUGAUCACAGAUGGUGUCGCUGCUGUGGAUUGGGCUCUUCAGGUCGCCAAAGUUCCAUCUGACAGAAUUGUCCUUCUCGGUCAAAGUCUAGGCACAGCAGUGACUUCAGCUGUUGCGGAACAUUAUGCCAUGAAAGGUGUUAAUUUCGCAGGCGUCGUUCUAGUAGCCGGUUUCACGUCUUUGGCAGAGCUCCUUCCCGGGUACUCCAUUGCAGGAUACUUGCCAUUGCUAUCGCCUCUAAAAUCCACUCCCGCUAUUCUUGAGCUCUUCUCCAGCAAACUGGUGGAUAAAUGGCCUUCUGCAACUCGAAUUGCGAACUUUGUUCGUGUGAGUAAAAGAGUGAGGCUGUUCAUUUUACAUGCAAAAGACGACUAUGAGAUCCCAUGGACCCAUUCUGAGGGACUGUUUGCUGCAGCUGCAAAUGCCACGACGGACGAGGGAAUGAAUCUUGAACUGCUUCGGAAGAUGAAAGCAAGGACAACAGUCGACACUGGGGAUGGGACGUUCAUAAGCACAUGGAAAUCAGGUGAGAAUAAGAUUAUUAGACAAGAAGUCGUUGCCUACGGUCAUCACAGCAGAGUUCUGACAUAUGCAACCGUUUCUCUUGCUGCUCUCAAAGCGUUCGGUCUUGACGAUGGAGGGGCAUUGCCGGUUUCAAGUCUGGAGUUUCAAGCAAACAACCCCUCCAUCUCCAUCCCACUUCGAGCUUUGAAGGUGUCAACAAAGGUCCCCGCAAAACCUACAAAUUACACAAUGGCCGACGAAUCCAAACUCGAAGAUCCUGCGACUUCGCAAGAAGCAGCAAAAGAAGUCAUCGAACAAUCCAAAACUACCACUGCACAAGUUGAAUCCGAGAAUGAAGACGAAGAGGACACCGUCCACCCCGACGCAAAGGACGCGACACCUGCAGGCAAGAAGAAGAAAUCCAAACGGAAGAAGAUUAAAGCUGCGCUUGGAGUCGGUGGUUCUGGUUCCAGCGAAGCUUCUUCCAGUGCACAAGACAGCUCCAAACUAGUCGGCAAGCUCGACAACGACCAGGCUGAACAACUCCUCAGGAUGAAUCCGGGCCUGGCAGCACAAAUCGGAGACGGGGGUGCGGCGGGCCCCAUCGAGGCGUUGAAGAAGAUGAAUUUGCAGGAUAUCAUGACGGGGCUGGCGUCGAGUGGGAAGAAUGUCAAGGAUAUGGGCGCGUAUAAGUUUUGGUCCACGCAGCCGGUUCCGAGGCUGGAUGACAAGACUAAGAUUGAGGUCGAGGGGCCGAUUAAGGAGGUAGACCCGGCGCUGGUGCGCAAGGAGGCGUAUCCGCUUAGUAUGGAUGGUUUUGAAUGGGUGACCGUGGACUUGACGAGCGAUGAAGAAUUGAAGGAGGUUUAUGAUUUGCUGUAUGGGCAUUAUGUAGAGGACGACGAGGCCAUGUUUCGAUUCAACUACUCGAAGUCAUUUCUAAAAUGGGCCCUCACAUCUCCGGGGUGGUUUCCAGAUUGGCAUAGAGGUAUCCGAGCUACAGUGUCUCGUAAACUCGUUGCUUUCAUAUCAGCAAUACCCGUCACGUUGCGCGUCCGAGAUAAGGAUCUCAAGGCAUCCGAGGUCAACUUCAUGGUCAUACACAAGAAGCUUCGCUCCAGGCGAUUGGCUCCAUUGCUCAUCAAAGAAAUUACCCGGCUAUGCCACCUGAAAGGCGUCUACCAAGCAAUUUAUACCGGUGGUGUGGUACUGCCAAAGCCUGUAUCUACAUGCCGAUACUUCCACAGGUCAAUUGACUGGAAGAAGCUCAACGAAGUCGGUUUCAGCCCCUUGCCUAAAAACAGCAAACCCGAAUACCAAGUCCGGAAAUAUGCCCUGCCCGACCGUACGGCUACCAAGGGGCUCCGGCCGAUGGAAACGAAGGAUAUCGAUGCGGUGUUAGACCUGCUAAAGCGGUAUCUGGCAACUUUCGACAUGGCGCCCCAGUUCACGCGCGAAGAAGUUGAGCACUGGCUGCUUCCCGACCCUGCGUACGAGCAACAAGUAAUCUGGUCCUAUGUCGUCGAAGACCCAACCACCAAGGCCGUGACCGACUACUUCUCCUUCUACUGCCUCGAAUCCUCCGUAAUAGCCAAUGACAAGCACUCGAACAUCCGCGCCGCCUACCUCUACUACUACGCGUCCGAAGUAGCUCUCGACCCCUCUGCCUCGCGCUCAGACCUGAAGACGCGCCUCAACGCCCUAGUCAACGACGCGCUCAUCCUAGCCAAGAAAUACAGGUUCGAUGUCUUCAACGCCCUGACGCUUAUGGAUAAUAGUUUGUUCUUGGAACAGCAGAAGUUCGGUGCCGGGGAUGGACAGCUGCAUUAUUAUCUGUUUAAUUAUAAUGCAAAUCCCAUUGCUGGGGGUGUGGAUCAGAAGAAUACAAUUGAUGAAGGGGGAAGUGGGGUUGGUGUUGUGAUGCUUUAG